UCUCCGCUCACUUCUUUCAUCAAGCACUACUUCUCUGGCUGCGCACGUGGAGAAACUACAACUAUUGCAGCUGCCGAUACUCGCGCGCCCUGCUCCGCUUAAUGACACUUUUGUCCCGUUGUGUCGCGAGCCCAAUGCUGCCAGCAGCCGCAGGUUUCCGUCGUUUUUGCAGAGUCCUCGAGCGGAAGAAGAAACAUUUUGUAGACCCAAAGACUCACAGAGAAUGACUCCCGCAUAACUCCGGGGACUGCUGUUAUCUACCCCCCUCCUUCAUCUCUCUUUUUCCCCUGUCCCGCGCUCUCCAAGUUGAGUCACUGCAAAGAAGUAUGGUAGAUAAAGGCCCCUUGUUGACUUCUGCCAUCAUUUUUUACCUGUCCAUUGGGGCAGCAAUUUUUCAAGUCUUGGAGGAGCCCAAUUGGAAGAAGGCUGCACAGCAGUACAAUGACAAGAAGAAUAAAAUACUUGAGGACUAUCCCUGUCUGAGGAAAGAUGAUUUGGACAGAAUAUUAGAGGUAUGGACACGUUUUCAAACUCACUGAACUUUUGAUCCUUCUCUAAACUUCUGCAGACUUCUCUGAGUGCACAUGGGUUCACAGGGAUUCAGUGCUCAAACUUGGUAGCCGACUGCUGCACUUUUCUUUCACUUAUUUGUCAGAGGCUGUGACACAUGGAGCUUAAUGAGCCUCAGCUGCUUUGGAAACUUUCACUAAACACUCACAAGACCUCUGAGGAAUGAAAGUUGUCAAUCCACGGCUCAAGUCUGUGGGUCAACACACCCAAAUUUAGUCUGCCUGAGGCCUCAAGCGUUGCAAUUUCACCAGCAACCUGUCAAACAGGCAGUUAUCUCCAAAUUCUCUCAAAUGUUGUAAAUUCCUUUUAAAGGCGUGCAGAUGUUAUCUGGUUUUAUCUUUGGUGAGGUCAUAGCGUCCAUGACUAAUGAUGUUAAUGAUUUUAUUUGCAGCUACAGUAAGUGUCAUAUCAUCAAAGUCACAGACUGACUGUCUGUCUGUCUGGUAUAAUCAUUAUGAUACUGAGAGUAGGAGGCCUAUCUUCAACCUAAGCCCUUACAUCUGCAGUACAUGGUGUUCCAUUGACUGUUUCUUGCGCAGAAAAAAGUCACGCUCCUGCAGUAAAUCCGGUGUUAUUCGCCUGCAGUUUUACCAGCAGCCAUGAAGGAUCACUUAGUAAGUCAACACUUGUGUGAUUUAACAGGUGUUUUCCUCCCGAGGAGGUGUUUGUUCACUGCCCUGAAACACAGCGGCUUCCUGACCUUGAUUUCUGAAUGUUUGAGACUGAAGAGACGGCUCUAUCUUUAUAUGUCAGGGGCAAAUUUUUUACCAAGAAUAAGAGUGCAGAAAAAAAGGAUUUGUGUGUGCAAAGCAUGAAACUCUGCUAUUUCUAUGAAGAAAUUGAUUUUUUUCCCUUUUGCACUUGCAGAUAUGAGUAGAAACAUGUCCCAACCUGUCCCCCUUAUGGGGCCCACAUCAGUAUUAGGGAGAUCUAUUAUAUCCCCUGACCCCCCUUCAGCUUCCUUCUGCUUUUUGUGUUUGGGGGGACUGAAAGGGAUAUGCCCCUGAACCUCCCCCCAUUCAUGGCAUCUGCAUAACGGUCAAAUCCCCGCUGUGGCCUAAUUUCCAUGAGGAGGUUUGAAGGAAUAUUGUUGCUGAGGGAUUUUGGAGCUCUCUCUUGUUGCAGCUGCGGUGACGUUUUGAUCUUUGGUUGAACUCUUGAGUUGAAUCCACUGAGCUGAAACUGAAACAUUUCCUGCUCCUGUGCGCUCUCUGAAGGACACAGACCAUCAUAAUGCCAUUUAUGGACUCUCAAGGCGCUUUGGAAAGAUAAUUAAAACCACAACUUAAACCCUUUUCCUGAUUAUCAUAUCAGUUUUGCUUUUUGACGCACGCAUUCCUGAGUCUUUCCACCAUGUUAAGCAGUAGUUUUCCUCAGUUGUGACACCUGUUGCAAAGACUCCAGAGUCAGUUUUAUAACCUGGAUGAACAGAAUAUCGCCUUUGUUAGCCUCAAGUGUCAGGAGCAGAUUUCGAUGAGGUUUCCAUCGUGGAAACUUUUCUCAGCUUGUUAACAGUUAAAAUGUAAAGGCAGGCCUCACACAAGAAGGCGACUGUCUCGUAAAAGUUAAUGCUCCCUGUUUCGUUAACAAGAAGUUUACUAUUAACUAUUGGAGCCUUGAAGUGGUCACAGUUUACAGAAUGGAUUUUAUGGUCCAUCAACGCUUGCUCUUGAGAAGCUGUCAUAAACACUCAAUGAGGAGAGGUGGCUGUGUGCACAUUAUUUCUGCUGCAAAUAAGAAUUCGUCACUUGUAAAUUUUCAGCAACGCGUGCACUGUGUUUGAGCGUUGCCAGUGAGAAGAGGGAGAAUGCAUGAUGAAAUAUGCAGCACUGCGCAUACUUCUCUAAACAAGACUUUACUCUGCAAACACGGAAAAUAUGAAUUAGCAGAAGCCAAAGUAGAUUUCGCAUGUUUGCUUAACCAAAAGUCCCAAAAAGUGUAUAAAGGAUUGUGAAAUUUUCUUGUCAUUCGUACAAAAACAGAUGCACAGGAAUACCCCCUUAUAUCAGUGGUGGGUGUGGUGCAUUUGCACAGAAUAAACGAUCCAUGUAUCUUACCCACAUUUUCAGACAUUUCUGAUUGUCUGAGUUGCUGCACAACAUGUGCCUCAUCCCUGGAGGCACUGGAGGACUCACUCUCUGUAGCAUGCAGCCUGCUGGGAAUUCAUUAAAAGGAGACCACAUUUUUGACCUGAAAAGGGACAAUUUGGGCUGGAUUAUCAGAGGACCUCUGAAUGCCCCAAAAUACUGCAGGUGGUAUUUUCUCUUCAAGCUACAGUCAAGGCUGAGUGGCAAAGAGAUCCCCCUGAUAUUAUCAAACCUGUGCAAAUAAGGCUGAUCCUAUGUUCCCAUUCAAACUUCAACAAAAGCUGAGCAAUAAAACCUUUUAGGUUUGCUGCUUUCUUGCUCAGUAAGUUUGAGUCUUAAUCUUGAAAACUCAACAGUAAAUAGUCUUAGCAGCAAUAGACCAGCAAGGAAAUGAGUCAUCAGAUAACCAAAUUGCUGCUGAUUCUUUCCCCUUUACUGCACUUCUCAUUGCAACUGGAACUAUGAAGAGAAAACAAAUUCAGAUCAAAAUUUAAAUGACAAAAAACAAAAACACUUAUUAAAUCCUUAUCCAUCUUCUGCAAAAAAAAAAAAAACAGGUAUAAAUAUAUGUCCAGUAGGCAUGCAACAAUUUUUUACCACAAUAUUGAGGCUAAAUGAGGCUACAGUGCAAAUAAACUUGUAAAUAAAGGGACGAGGGUGUAGACGAAGCAAAACUGGAAAAAAAAACAAAAAACUGGAUCUGUUGGUUUCAAAAUUUUUUUAGUGUCACUAAAUUUUAAAUAUGCUAAGCUAAAAUACUGUGACGGUAGGAACUAUUCAAACUGUGGUGUUGCUUGAACAAAACCAUAAAAUGAAGCUGCAGAGUUACAGUUAAACACUUGCGUCACAUCAGCUCAGCAGAGUCUCUGCAUUCAGUUAGUAUGCACACAAAUGAAGUAUAAUCCAUCAUGUUAUGAGUCAUUUUAUAUCAUAUUAUAAAGUAGGAAUGUGUAUAGAAAUAUAGUUUUGCUUUUGGAGUUAAAGCUCCUGUGAGUAGUUUUUUCUUGUUUUUGAAAUAUACUCAAACUCACAUGGAUGCCUUUUUAGAAUACUUUUUUAGAAUAGCUAAAGGCAAACAAAACUGGGCGCAACAACUUGUAAAUGUCUUUUCUGCUGUUUUAACACCUUAAAUAAAGGGGGGCGCCAAAGUUAACAUAAACUGAAAAUUCCUCACAGGAGCUUAAAAGUUAACAGCCUUUGUUGGCCCUGUAAAAUUUGUCCACUAUGCCUGAGAAAAACCAUGACCAGUGCAUGUUAUAACAAACCUGUGUUUUAAACUUUAAGCUUACUAUAUUGUUCUUGAGUGGAUUGUCAAUGUCAGGAGUUGAGGUCCUUUCACACCGGGACCUUUUUGUUCAUGUGAUUAUUUCGGACAUAUUUUUUUUUGAACCCACAUCCUGUCAAUACAGGCGUUUACAUCAGCAAUAUUUUCCCGUCCUGCGAUAUUACGGCAUUUAUUUUUUCGGUUUACGGUCGAUUUAUCUAAGUUUCGCAUAUUGUGUGUCCACUUCUGACCAAUCGGAUUGCGUGUUGUUGCGACGUCUGAUUCACCGGUAUAUCCAACAUGGCCGAUCGGCUGAUUGUUUACGUGUCGGAGAACAGAGUGCUUUUUGAUAAAAGACACAAAUAUUACAAAGAUAACGACCUGAAGGACAACUUGUGGAGAGUCAUAGCGUCGGAUUUCUCAUAUGACGAAUUGUGUGCUUUAACAGUUUGUUAAACAUCUUUGUUUUAACUUUCAUCUGUGCUAAGUAACUUUAGCUCAUAAGCUAACCUGUUUAGGUACAACAUACCAUAUGUAUUUUCACUGUCCCAAAUUCAAUCACAGCGUUGCUGUCACAGCACCAUUAGGUCUCGGUUGUUACCUUACGUUUAUGGAUUAUAGUUUAAUGUGCUUAUGUGGUACUGGCCCCAACUCAGUACAUGCUAUCAUGAUAGACAGACAUCUCAACACUAGUGUCUAAUCAGAACUGAAAAACAGUCAGUCUGCUGUUGUGUCACUCUUCUCGCUUCCACCUGGGACGCGUCUUUCCCCCCUCCGGAAAGUUGCAGAAUCGCAUUGGGCUUGAUGUGUAUAGCCGGGCGCGUCAAAAUUCGCCUCCGAAUAUUUUGUAAUUUCGCGUCGUAUAUUUGCGUCGGUCCCGGUAUGUAGGGACCUUUAGUCAGAAUAAGUCUAGCAGAAUAACUUCAGAAAAAAAAUGUGCCUUCCUGGGAUUUGAACUUGUUGCCUGUGAAAUCGAGGUUAUCUGAUUUUCUUGAUACUCCUGCUGCACAUGACUUCAGGAUCACGUUUGUGUGGUCUAAUGAGACACUUACAAACACUGCUGGACACACACUGCUGUCACAUGCAUAAAGUGAAACAUGGCCUCAGGUUAGAAUAAAAAAGCCCGGCUGAAUGAAGUGGUACUCUGUUUUCAGGAAUAGCUAACUGCGUCAUGUGCCCUGGGUUCUAUCUGGGGGAUGUUGACUCCCAAGCUGACGUGUCUGUGCCAGUAUUAACAAAAAGAUAUGAUUACACUGACUGAACCCGUGGAGGGCACUAAUGUAGUUUAAAGUCAAUUGAUUAGCAGAGACUAAUUUAUUAGACUGACCCAGACGGCUCGUUCCCGUGGGAAAAAGGCAUCUUAUCAAUUUCAGUUGAUCUGCAUCGUUCUGGAGGUUUAAUUACAACAAACCUGAACUGAGUCUCCUGCUCCAAAAGUAUCAGUGCUAUUUCCAGAACGAAGACCCUUUUUUAAGUUAGUUUUUUUCAGGACAUGAAUGUUAAAAAGAUACAAAAGCUGCAACAAGCUGUAAGAACUGAAGCUGACUUUCUUGAAGGGCAAAUACAUCAACUGGAAGUGCGGCUGUUUUGGUGAGGGUAUUCCCUGGUGGCGGUGCUUCAUGGUGGCUCAGUUCUACAGGAUGAGGGAUCCUGCACAGGUCUGUUUUUCUGCCAACAGUGAAUAAUCAGUGUUCCUGUUUCGGACUAUUUCUCCCAUCAUUUCGUUAUGUCUGACUGCAGAAACACCGAGGUGUGGAGUGUGUUUGGGUCCUGAGAGACCCGGCUUUAAAAACUGACUUCGUAAGAGCCCCGUCACUAGCUGCUGUUAUCCUGACCCUGCUUACCUGAGAAUGAGAGAGGAUCCUGGCCAUGAAACAGCUUCCACUUUGACCGAGAGCGGCUUGGUUCAACAUGAAACAAAGUUUGAGAGCAUGAAGACGUUGUCACAGGUGAAGAGAGGAGAGCAGGGACAGGAGCAGGAGUGUGUGUCUGAAAAGCCAAGGGACAAAGGCUGUAGCGACCAAGGGCGUGCAUGAGCACCAAUGCAUGUUACCAUGAUUCAUUAUUUUGAAUCAUUAGACAUAAACCUAAGUCAGUGUUCUGAAAGCUUGAAAAGACUAGGUUAUUUGUUCGAUCUGCAGCCUGUGAUGAAAUAUAAGCAGAAAAGAACUCAAAUCCAUAAAUUUUUCAUAUGCCACAUUGUAAAUAUAUUUCACCACAAGUCAGAUCAGGAGUAUGAAGCCAAAAGCUCUUAAAGUGAAGUGAAGGAAUGAUGCAUGUACUCUUUCAGUAGUUCUCCAUGUCUGUCGCUCUUGGUCCAAAGUUUUAACUGACCACUGGCACCAGCAUGAGCUGCUGGUAGGGCAGCAGCUUCAAUUUGACAUGAAUUUGGUGCAUGUCCUUGUUUCAGCAAUAUUUUUACACACAUAUUUGGACAUCUAGGUUAGCUGGAUCUACUUUUGAAUUCAGCUGAAAUCUGAAAUAUACCCACAGAAGCAAAGUUUCAUUCGGUUUCCGUUCAGUCCCCAUGUUUCAGCCUGAACAUGAAGACUGGGGUACAAAUAUCAGAGUCAAUUUAAAGCUAAAGUUGAAUGAAGAUGGAGGAGCUUCAUAACAGUGUUACCCAGACCCAUUGUUCAGUUUGACCAUGUGGUACACAGGUGUUGCCUCGUUCGCGAGGUUUACUUGUGCUCUUGAGGGCUUUUGACUCAAAUUAAUCACUUUGUCUUAUAUUGGGAUGUAAUGUCUACAUGCACAUAAAACACAAUCAAAACUGGGAUAAUCAAGUCCUUGUAAGUGUGUUCAAUAAACCCUUAAAGGUUUAACAGCCCAACAAAGACAAAGGCAGGAUAAUAUAGUCAUUUACCAACUGUAGUGUUAAUAAAAUCAGCCUUUCAACCACCUAAUUGAGAGCAGCCGCUCACAAACCUGUUAAUAAAGUAGUGCACUCUGUGUUACAGAUGCGAGACACCCAAAUACUUGCAUUGUCUGGAAGUUGAACAGCUCACUCCUUUUUUUUGUUGUGUCACCACAAAGUCCUGAAAAUCAGCUGUGUAACUGUGUAAGGGAACAAGUUUUCUUGCAUCUUUCUUUUUGAAGUUGACUUCUGAGGGAGGGAUGGUUCUUCUUUUUUCUUCUUUUCUUUUGAGUUUUAAAAAGGGUCUUUAAACCUUCCUUUUAUAAGAAUCUAUUAAUUUGUAAUCGUCUCUUGUUUUACUCUUGCUCUGUGUCAUUUUACUGCUUUUAAUUCCCUUUAUUGCUUGUGAAGCACUUUAAAAAAAUUUCUAAUGUAAAAUGUGUUGCAAACAAAAUUUAUUAUCAUUAUUAUUCUGAUUAUUUUAGUUCCUUAAUUAAGGAUAGGGAAUGUGGUUUUUUUUUUUGUGUUUUUUUUUUGUAUGUUUGUUUUUUUUUCCAGUGGCUUGUUUCUCAAGCUUGUUUUGCAGCUGACUUGAUCAGAAAUCAAUUCAUGACGAUGUGAAAGAGCUCGAGUAACUUCAUGCAGCUGUUGCCUUGUUGUGCUCACAUGCUGGAAGUGGAAAAAUACCCACAAACUGGACCAGUUUGCUGGACCAUCAGCUGUACUGAUAACAGUUGGAGUUUGUCUUGGUGGUUGUUACUGUUCUUUGGUUAUCAGCGUGUGGCGGGGGCAGAUUGCUGUGUCUGCGGUUUGGAAACUGUUUCAGGUCUAACAAAGUUUAGGAAUCAUUUACUUUGACAUACUUAAGCUUGAUUCAGUCAUGGGACUGCUCUGGAAGGUGCUCUGCUUUCAUGAAGGAUGUUGAACUUGCACUGCAGGCAGCUGAUCAGCUGACUUUGAUGCGGUGCAACAAAUCCAGAAAUAUCUUUACUCCAUGCGUAAAUACUCAGAAAUCUGGUUGUAUUGACUGAAAUUUGCAGCAACAUACUUUAAGUUUUAGAUACAAUUGUAUUUUUAAGGCACUGAUAAUAUUCAAAUCAUAUUCUUGCUGUAGUUGCAUCAACUUGAUUUAGCUGUUUGUUUGUUUGUUUUGUCUUUUCAUUGUCACCACAUUCCCAGUAAGAGCACUUGUUUUAACAUUUCUAAGUUUUGUGGUCCAAAUGGCAGAAUAUUUCCAUAUUUGAAGGGACUGUGAAGAGUUUUAAUUUUUAGAAGUAGUUUUCUUUUUUUCCCUUAAUCUCAGACAAAAUAUUUCUAAGAAACUGAAAACAUAAUAAACAUCAUUCAACUAGUUUUAUUAUUUGUUAAUUCUCUUCCUGGACAAAAUCAGAGCUGUUUUCCUGGGAUAACUACAUUUACCAUGAGCACCACCCACUUUUGCUAAAGUGUGCGUUUGAGGAGGAAGUAAAAAAAGUGAAACAGAUCUUCGUUGGAAACUUCUUCUCUGUGUUCAGGACAAACUUUAGUGGGAUGCAGAGUGAGGAGGUCAUGUGUUGAUUUUCAGAAAUUCAAACUUGACUGUAACACAGCCAUGACUAAACUGAGUAAACUCUGAUUUAUGACCGUUUGAGUUUAAAAAGAUGACCAGUUCAUUGUGCUCCCUCCUGUUUUCUGAUAAAUGGUCCAGUAAUGUCAACAUGCACAUGAUUCGACUCUUCACUCCUCUAAGAGCAGCGAGGCUUCACACAUAGACGACCCUGUUAACUGGUACUUUCAGCCAAAUAGGUCUUUAGUUGUCAUAACAACAGCUGCAUGUCUUUUGUUUGAUAAAUAUAAGAUAAAUAUUUGAUGAGUAUUUUUUUUUUGCAGUGUAAUAAAACAUAAGUGAACUGGGGCAUGUUUGCAGGGACUCUUCCCAUGUUUGAGACAUCAACAUGCUCUAAAUAACAGGGUCAAUAAGUUUUACAGCUCCUUAAGGGACAUGGAGAGAAAACUAAUGUAGGGUUCAUCCCGGCAAACUUUUGUUAGAGCUCACGAAACUUUUGCAAGAUCCUGAGGUGCCCAUGAUCUGUGUCUAAAACUAAACUUCUGCAAGCUCCUGAGUGCUUUUGCAAGAUCCUAUAAAAGCAUUUGAUACUUGAUUCAAGAGCAUUUGUCUUUAUCAUGAUCUAGUGUCAGCCAGGAGUACGAACCAUGAUGUGGAAAUGAUCUGAAGAGAAAAAGUAGAUGUCAUGUGCAUAACACUGUCAGUUCUUUUUUUUCUGUAAAGGUUUAAUUCAGGAUAAUUUUAAAUAAAAAAUCUCCCUCUUAGUAACAAACUCAAGCAGCAGACUUUUAAAAACUCCUCAUUGUGCCUUUAUGAAGCUGAUAAUGAAAGCUGAAGAUGAAGCUUUAAUCUACUCAGUCAAUAAACUUUUCAUUUCAGCUCUCAGGAAGUGUUGCUCAACUCAGGCAGCCCAAGUUUCCACUAAAGUCUAUCUUGUAAUUUCAACAGCAAUAAGAAGGAAACACCCAAAUAGAUUUAUUGCUAUAUAAAAUGUCAAGCUGUGACUUUGCACUUGUAGUGUUGUCUUCUCAAUAAAGACCACUUGAAACAACAUUUAGAGAGAUUGAUAAAUGCUGAAAAGGCUGGGUUGUUUUCUGCUUUAAAGUGUUUUUCCCUUUAACAUUUACAAAAAUAAAACUGGUUUGGAGAAGCAUCUUAAACUCACAACAGCAAAGUGUUUUUCUUUUCUGUGCCACCCUGUUCAUGAACAUUUCUAUUCAAUUCGGUGUCGUCUUCUCUGCUGUUGGGCUUGAGCUUUGGACUUAAGAGAAUCCAGUUGAUUAACUUCUUCCUGAGCCAGGGCUCCUGCUUGUCUGCCUUGUUCUCAGGGUCAUUAGUGACCUGAAGUGACCAUUAGUUGACCAGUGGCUGACCCUUUAACCUCCUGAGGACCCUGUAAACGACAAAAGCUUUUCAGCUCCAUAAUGAGCAUCCUUUCACUCUGUAAAGACCAGUAAGACAGAAAAUCACAUGAAGACAUGAUAUUUAAAGAUUUGCAUCAAGAGUUCAGUUGUCCUCAUCUUGUGUUGUGGUGACACUCAAUGAGGGCAAGGCGCUCUCUCCCAUGAUGCAUCUUGCACUCUGCCCUCAUUGUAUUCCUGUGCAUCAGCGUUUUGCAUGUCCCAAACUUCAGCACUUUUUAUCUGGCAGACAGAGCAAACAUGUGCAAAUCACCCUCAUCAGGUGCAGAGCCGAGCAUGCACUCAGACCACAGACAAGAUGCACAAACCAAACAUAUUCACUUUUUCCACACAGCAAAGAAACCUCAUGGUCCCCCAAAGCUACCACAACGGCACUGGAGUGAGGUAAUAUUUCAUAAGAGUCAAAUCUCAGAAUGACUAAAGCAAAGCAGCGUGCUCUUUAAGUGUAAACCCACUUUGUUGUAUAAAACUAGUGCAGAUGUUUUCCUGUAAACAGCUUAUCACUUUCCAUCAGGACAAACCACCACGCUGGAAACUUGACUGUACAUGUGACACCUGUUGCCCUUUCUCUGUAGGAAGGUUUGAUGGCUGAACACACGUGGUUCUUAUCAAAUAACUCAAGUAACCUGCGUUUAGUUUGCUACUGUCUGCAGUGAAGCCUCACAGUUUCACUUCUGUUUUUACAUAAACACGUCAGUGUUAGAAAACACAAAGGCUUCCUGUUAGAUCUUCUUAGUCUUUAAGAAAUGAGCUGGCUCGUUGUCAGGUUUUUGUCAAGAAUUUAAUUUCCGAGUCACAUUUUUGGAGCAUCGGGAAAUGGUGUCAGUGACAGGGUUGAUGGUUCAUGUUGUUCGACAGUGUUCUGCUUUACAGAUGGGUUCUCAAACUAGCCGCAAAAAAAAGAGGAAAUGACUAAAUGAACUCAAACAGCAAGAGAAGAGUAACUUUGCAUUAAAUGGGACAGGCUGAGAUAUCCAUGCAUGAGGAGGUUGAACAUACAUGGUGGGAUGGUAGUUGUUCUCUCAGAUGGAUGAUUAUAAUGCAGAGAGACUUUUUCACUUGAACUUAACAUACACCUCUGUUUCUGCAGUAAACAGGGAAGUGUCAUGCUUUGGCUCUUUGGAGCAGGCCUACUGUUGUUGUUGGCAUCUGAUCAGAUUGGUGUGUUCUGUCGUGCAGACAGAGCUCUGGUGUGUUGUUAGGAUAUUUGGCUAUAAUAAUAUUUGGCUUCAUUUUGCACUGUGACAUAGUGCACGUAUCUGCAAGAGCACAAGGUGAUAUGUGUUUGUGAGUGGUUUCUGGUGCUGCCGAGCAUUCAUGGCGAGAGUGCACACCCCUGGAGUUGAACCCGAGCUUGUCUGGACAUUUUUGUAACUUGCUGACUUCAGUGUCUUCUCGACUGGGGCACAUCCACAUACUUUUAUUUACCGACACAGAAAAGUCUCACUUCCCUUUACAAACUCUGUUGCAUGUGUUUGAUACCAAUAUGGCUGCCUUCCUCUAAGGACUAGACUUCAAGGUGCAGCUUUAAGACUGAAUUUAGAGGGUUUGUUUUCCUUCAGCUGACACUGAUGAGUGAUGGAGGAAAAAAUGGCCAUCUGAGACUCUCUUCAUUGAUGAAUGGUUUGGUUGUCUAGGGUACACUGAGUAGAUGAAUUGGACAAACUCCCAUUGUGGCUGACGUGCUUCCAUCUGUAUGUUGCAUGUGGUGGAUUCUUCAUAAUAAAGGGGGAAGUCCAAUCUUGUCUUCCUUUUUUUGCAAUAAGACUGCUACAUCUAUGUAAGUGUGAUCUUGACUCUUUAUUAGGCCAACUGGAAAACCCGGUUUGUUGUAUCCAAGCUUUAGCUGAGUAGGAUUUCAGCCUGAACACGGCCAACAAAAAGGUUAGCCCACGCAUGUAACUAUAACCAGUAAUUACAGAAAGUGCUGACUGUCAAAUGUGAAAAUGCGUAAGCGGGACAGUGAGGUUUUCAUUCAGUAAUUUCAUGUCAUGGAUCCAACACAAACUUGGUCACCAGGGCUGUCAUCCCAAAGCCCAAAAGAGGAGCUGUGUUGUUUCAGCACACAAAAGAAAGCCCCCCCCUUGUGCGGGUAAUUACAGAGCAGAACUGUCACAGACCUGCUAUUAUUAAAGAGCCAUGCAACUUCCAGCACUUAAGGGCUUAUGUGAAUUUUUGCUAACCCCUGCACAUUUCCCCCCCUUUAGGCAGCUUUGGGGACGGACGGGUUUUUUGAAUACCCAACGGGGGCAGCCCGGUUUCUGUUGCGGCUGUUUGAGCACACAUACGGUUGACAAUGAUUGAUUAUUUGUUGCUCUGUUGGAUGUUGCAAGAAUCAGCAACUGUACCCCUCUCUUUGGACGGUCAGAUACAGACAUUAACAGCUGAUUAUGGUCAUUUUGUACUGUUCACACUUGGGUCUUCAAGAAAAAAUACAGGACAGAGUGCUGCUGAGGACCUACCUGAAGCUUCUCAAUUGUUAUGUAAUCAUGGGAUUAUGAAAUAACUGUUUAGGGAUGCAGCACUUGCAUUCCUGUUUCCCCAACAGUGUAAGCACUAUAUAGCCCUCAGGUUAAAAGUGAUUCUCAGGGGCGCCUCAGUGCCGUUUCAGCUCAUCAGUACCACUGCAGAUACCAUCAACGUAUCAUAGACGGAAGGAUGUGGUGGAAGAAAUAGAGAUAACACAUGACACACAUCCUGUGGUCCCUUGGCUUAGACUCUUAUAACUUCUAUUUAACACUGUACAUGUUGUCCCUAUCAAUCUAUGAUUAAGUUAGUUUUUAACUUGUACUUAGUUGUGGUCUCUUUUUUUCCCUCAGGCUGUGUCUGAUGCUGCAGGCCAAGGGGUCACAAUAACUGGCAGCAAAACCUUCAACAACUGGAACUGGCCUAACGCUGUUAUCUUCGCCGCCACUGUUAUCACCACGAUCGGUAAGUGAUGGAGCUGCUUUGGCACCUUCACCCAAGUAUUUAGGAGAAUGCGACUGAGUAAUGUUGAUGCAGUUUGAAACUUUGCACCUUGAAAGAUCAUUUGGUGCACUGUGGGUUAAGUUUGGAGGACAAACAUUUACUCUUCUUCCUGUAAAGCUGUACAAACAAAGUAAGGCAGUCAAACAACCUUUUUAAUUGCAUCACACCUCUCAGUUGUAGUAGCUGCUGAUUCUACAUUUGUAAUUCUGUAUUCAUGAUUCAGGGAUGACCAUUUGACCCAAGCCUCCCUCAGUCAGGUGCUCUGUACUCAACCUUCAAUUUAGUUUAGUCCCCAGAUCAGUUUCACAAUCCAAACUACAGCCCUGCCAACUAUUAUCAUGCAGUUGCUUGCUAACAUCAGUCUAUGAAAUGUUAGAUGUUGCUAAUGUUGGUUUUUCAUGGCUAUCCCCCUGACACCAAUGAUAAGCAGUGUAUAAGACACAGAUGAUUGGCUAAACACUGAGCAUAAGCCCUGAUAAUUAACCGUGGCUGCAGCAAAAUGCAGGAAGGCCUAAGAACUGAGGUGUGCUGAAAGGCCUUAAAAAAAGCAUGCAAUUGAUGUUGGACUGCAUCGAGCUCAAGACUGACAGGUGCAAACGAUUCAUUGUCACUGUCCUCCUCUGCAGGAUAUGGAAACAUUGCACCAAAGACACCAGAAGGGCGUGUAUUCUGCAUCUUCUAUGGGCUCUUCGGCGUGCCUCUGUGUCUCACCUGGAUCAGUGAGCUGGGGAAGUUCUUUGGUGGUCGAGCCAAACAUCUGGGACAGUUUCUAACCAAGAAAGGAUUCUCACUGGUAAGUUAAUACCAGCUUUUUUCUCUCCUCCUGGGAAAGUACCUGCAUAGCUCGGCGGUUUCUCACCUGGAGUUGUUUUGUCUUUUCUCUUUUCCAGAGAAAGUCUCAGUUUACAUGCACAGCCAUCUUUCUGCUCUGGGGGGUGCUUGUGCAUUUAGUCCUCCCACCAUUUGUGUUCAUGUCCCAGGAGGGUUGGAGUUACAUUGAAGGCUUGUACUUCUCAUUUGUCACCUUGACUACCAUUGGCUUUGGAGACUUGGUGGCAGGUAAGAUAACAUAUGUAUUGAAGCAUUUGAUUGAACCAAAUCAGAAGUAAACACAAACAUUAUAGUCCACAUCUCUGAUAUCUCUGAUUGAACCAAUCUCUACAAAGAAAGAUGGAGCUGUGAUGGUCUCUUACCUUUGCCUUUGUCCUCACAGGUGUGGAUCCUAAUACAAACUACCCCACAUUGUACCGUUACUUUGUGGAAGUGUGGAUCUACCUGGGGUUGGCCUGGCUUUCGUUGUUCUUCAACUGGAAAGUGCGAAUGGUGAUCGAGGCCCACAAGGCGCUGAAGAAACGCCGUAAGCUCCGUAAACUAUCCCUCGAAGAGCUCCGGCACUACAAAGAGUCUCACAAAGCUUCUCUCCGUUUGCCGCCCACUCCUAAUGAUGUCAACAUCUUCAGCUUUUUGUCCAAGAAGCAGGAAGGCUACAACGAUCUGAUUAAGCAGAUCGGCACGAAACGAGACAGCAGAGUUGCAAACAGUGGUUCCAUUACCACCAACAAAACCAAGGAUAUCAAUCGUUCCAAGAGCUGCAAUGAUGCGCCCAUGUAUAAUGGUCACACCAUCCUCAGUCUGGACCGCUCACCACGACAAAAGAGGCGCUAUAGCUUCAGUGACCGCGUCACUGUGGCUUUUUCCAAGUCCAAGAACUACCUUCUGGGCACGGACAAUGGUUUGCUGCUAACAGAGGACCAAGUCGAGGGUGAUCUAGAACUGGACCAGAACCAAAUGUUUGAAAACCAGCUGGACAAGGACGUAGAUCUGGAGAAUGGAGGUGUGGGAGAUUGUGGGGCAGGUGGUCGAAGGACAUGGGACUCCAAAGACUAUCAUCCUCUGACCAUCCAAAAUGCAAACAUAACGUUUAUAGAUGAGGAGAACUUCCUCAGUAAUAACUUAGAGGACGCAGAGGAGGAGGGGGAUGACGAUGGUGAUUCUCAAGCAAAGCUCUCCAUCACUACAUGUGAUGAAAACAUUGAAACAAACUCAAAAGAAGAGCCCAGCUCUGAAUCUGAAGAGUCUGUGUUCACUAGUGACAGUUCAGAGCACAGCCACUCCUAUGAGAAACUGGUGGAGGAAUAUGCAAAGGAAGAAAACACAGACUCCUGAUCUUUGCUCAGUGCCUGGAUUUGUUUUGAAGUUAGCUAAUGUGAAUUGUUUGAAUAUAUCAGCUGUCCCUUUGCACUGUUGGGGGUCUGAUAAUGAAAGACUGCGAAGCCUUGAUCAAAUUUCAAAUGAAUGUUCUUUUCGUAGCCAAGAAAUGAAAAUCUACAUCGCUUUUAGUAUUUUUAUGUUUCCUAUCAACUCUUGAACAAAAUUUCAGAUGAAAUGGAUUAAUGAGCAAAGUAUAAAACCCAAUGAGUAUUUUACAACUGCUCUAUUUAUAACUUUUUAUACGAUUUUGAGAAACUUAACUGCCACACAUUAGUCAUUUCCAAACCAAUGACUGUUUUCCAUAAGUGCUUAUUUUCUGCUCAUUGAUUAAGAAGAAAUAAUGAGUGAGAGAGUUUGUUUUGCUGUAGUUUCUUCAUGCAUAUUCACCAUAUUGGUGUUUUUAUAGUAUUUUUAAAAUGAAGGACACAACAGCCUUUUUAUUAACUGGCUUUGUAGGUUCAUAUGCCUCCAUUGCACAAGUCAUCCAGAAGCGGUUUAAAGCCCGGUUUCAGUUCGGCAUCUUUUAAACCUGAGCCAUUUGUCCCUAAAGAAAACAAAGGGGGAUUUAAGAGCUAGGCGUCCCUCUUUUCAUUUCAUUUGUUGAUUGUAUGAAGUCUUAAAUAUCUUCUGUCUUAGAUUGCUGUUUAUUUUGGCUGUAAGUGAUAUAAUUGUGAGGGCACAAGGGGUCAUAUGUGAUGCAGAGGCAACAACAGGGAUUAAAGAACCAGCUGAGAGUAAACUUAACAUAUCAUUAGUAUUCACUGAGAAGAUUACUUUCAAACUUUGCUCUCAAAACAAGUUUGUCUGCCAUCUUCCAAGAUUUCUUGACUUUUAUGAAAAAAAUGAAACUACCAUUGUGACGGCACAGAUGCUCUCCAGAAUACAAACUAGCCCAGCUGACACAUGCUCGGUUGUUUUUUCUUCUGCUGGCAGCAUUCAAAGAGUCCAUCUGGGGCUCCCUUAACAUGACGGUGCAUAAUGGGAAAGUCGCCUUUCACAGCGCCAAUAUUCUCACAUUCGGUCACUUUCUUUUUCACCCUUUCACUUCAUUGUGUUUGCCAUGUAAAUAUUGGCUCGCAGCCCAUCAGUAGCCACAAAAACAAGGCUCCGCUCAGGACGUGGCCUUACUGCUCAUGUUUGCCUUUGGGGGCUCGCUCUGGCACGAAUGACUGAAGCACCUACCGCUCGUAACAAGCAGGCAGGGUUAUCUUUGAGCGGAUCAAUACUCUCUUGACGUAGGUUUAAGUAAUCAGACAUGGUGUCAUCAGUAUUGGUUCCAUUUACUGUGCAGUAUUGCCUCCUUUUUACACAUGAACUCACAACUGUAAAACUAGAGGGACCAAAGUAUCACAUUCAAAGCUUUCCACACUCUAACAGGAUCCUUCCUGACCACUCACUGCCUUUUUGCAUGCAUUCACUUGCACACAAAUGUGUAAAACAGUGUCACUUUGAACAGUGAGAUGGCAGUGUUUGCAGAUUUGAUUAAAGAGCACAUGUCUCUCUUUGAAGCCAGUCAGAUUAAAUAAUGUUGGUGCAAUAUUUGUGCCUUACAGGUGACUACAGUAAGUUAAAAGGCCUUCAAUCUGCUGGAAAACAGAGGAUAUCCAGUAUAAUACCACAAUAAUGAAGAGUGCAUGUAAUGACUCACAUUAGAGUUGAGACUUAAACACAGGCUGCUUUUAUUCUCUCCUUCUUCCUCUUGUGUUUUUUUCACUACAGUGAACAUUUCCGUCUUUCUCUCCUUUUCAUUAUCCUUCCCUGAUGUGCAAGUGUAACACUGAUGUACAGCCACGGUACUUGUACGGACUGAAUUUCAAGCAUGUUUCUGGAUAAUUAGGUAGCAACAGGUUAGGCUGGUUCGACCCAUUGUCCCAAGUUCUUCUCAAAUGUUGCUCCAUUGUGUAAAAAAAAACUCCAUUGUAGUUGUUUUAAAUGUCUUUUUUAUGAUUAAAUUAUUCAUGUUUGUCAAAGUUUGUAUAUGAAUCCCAAACAAAACUGUAUAUUUCAUGUAAAUAAACAUUUAAUAAAAAUGACGGCUGGUUGUAUUUCUUAUGUAUUUCAUGCAUGUUCUGGCAGCUGCAGAUAAAUAUGCUUAUUGACAUGCUAAGAUCAUGGCUCUGCAUGCACAGACGUGUUCAACAUGGUUGCAUCCAACCCCUUUGUCCUACUAAAGUUUUUAGAGUCUCACACGUGACUUUUAGGCUUGACUUUAUGCCUUAUUGCACACUGCAUUUUUGUGCUGAUAGCUUUUCAAUAAACUUGAAUGUCCUUUAAAAGUUCAUUAGUUCCAAUAGUUUGAGAAUCAAGGUCCAGUGUAAAGUUCACACAGACGAUUUGGGGUGCAACAUCAUCUUCUGUGUUUUAUCAAGUCCAGAGUCAAUAAAGCCUGGAUGUCUACCUUCAUGGAGAUACCGAUUUACAUUUCCAUCAGGACCUUGCACUUGCCCACAGCGCCAAAACUACCAGAAACUGAUUGCGAACUUCACUGUGCUCAAUUCUUCCUAGUGGACAUAACUGUAAUUGGUCCUUUGUGUUUUAAGCUGAAGCUUCUAAAUACUCUGAGGUAGUCGCUGCCCUAAUUCAGUGUUUUUGCAGAAUUUGCCCAUUCAAACAUUCAUCAUGGUGACAUCUGGCACUGCUCAUUGUGCACACAAACCUCAAGGUCACUCUGUCAGACGAGCGAACCGCCCUGCAGACAGAGUAGAAGUCCUUUAAGCCACACUGGUUGUAAAAACAACCCUGUGAAACAAACAAUGUGCAAUUUUCUGCACCAUCACAGUAAAGCUGUGCAUAUGAAAUCUGCUUUGUUAAUAGUUAACCCAACAAUUUAUGUUAGAUUAUCACGAACUGGAGUGGACUGGAGUGUGGGUGUAUUUUAAUCUACGCAGAUGGAGCCAGCGGGCUGUUGACGUGUCCUUAUCUGGUAAAAAGGCACGAGAUUACCGUAGCUCAUGCAGAACAGUAAGCUGUUUUUAAAGACAACUUCACCCUUGUUAACUUAAGAUUUAUAUGCAUGUUAAAAAAAAAGUGGGGCAGGUACUCUGAUUUCCUCUGAAAUGUUGUUUUGGUGUUGUUGACUCUCGCUCAGGUGGCAUGUGAUUCUCUAUUAAAACUGUAAAAUGUAAACAGACUUUAAUCCUUCUUCAUCAGUGUUUGACCAAAACAGCACGUGUCCAAGAAGUUUGAAGUUUUGAAAAGUAGGUCGAUGAUGGUCACCGAAACAAGGUGAAGAGGACAUCUAACUGAGAAAAUCUGCUGAAGAUGGAGGAAAGCAGCAUGUCUCCUGUUACUGCGGGAUUUCUGUCAAACACAGAUCAACCCUCUUUUAAUGUUUUCACAGACACCUCAAUCUGAACUGUCAAGUGUUUUCAUACCCAGAAAUGAUGAUUAUCAUGAGUCAUUUCAUUGAAUUAGUCCAAUAUUCCCUCAGUUUUCUUACUUUAUGUAUAAUAUAAGACAUAUUUCUAAUUGACCUGUACAAUGACGAAUAAGAAACACAUACAGAGACAUAAGGUAAACAAUUGUGCGUCACAGCAAACUUUGGUGCCUUUUUAUGACAAAUCAGAAGGAAAUUACAAAAGCAAGGAAAAAUAAACCAGCAAAGACCAAACUUAAGUUUUCUCUCUGUUUUUGUUGUCUAACUUUGAAGCUGUAGCUGCAUUUAUAAAGGUAGUGAGAGCCAAUUAUCCAGAUAUGAUAUUUUAUGCACUACUGAGAAAUGACUAUUUUAAAGAUUUUGACUAUGAAACUGUUAUGCUAAGGUAAAUAAAAUCAGAAUUUAAUGGGUGUAAAAAUGAUGAUAAAGUCAAAAUAUAAUAAGAAUUAAUUAGUUUUAAUAAUGUCAUAAUGUUCCAAACAUAAAGUCCUUAUGUUGAGGUCAAAAUCAACAGGUCUAGAUCUGCUGACGGUGUUUGCUGUCUGUGUCAAAUUCAAUCAAAUAAGAGCAAAUACAAGGCACAGAGAACAUAUUGCUGGCUAAUCAUUUUACUAUCUUUAUCAUAAAAUCACAUUCAAUAAAGCACACAUGAAGCACACAGUAUCUAAAGGUACAUUCUCAAGAAAUUGACAUAUUAAGAGGCUGUUUUUUUUUUAUUUUCUAAUUUUAGAGUCAUACACCGGUGUGAGGGGGUAGGUGGAAGCAAAGCAGAGACUCCUGUCAGGGAACUUCCAGUUUGUGUCAAUUUUGGCGCCCCCUGUGGACAAAGCAGUCCUCCGAUUUCAGGGGUUAAAAAUCACUGUACAAAAAUGGGCGAUCUUGUUGCUGCUGGUCUUGUUUUCCCCUGUGUGUCAUUAAAAAAGCAUUAUCAAGGCACAAAGACAGCCUACCUGGUAAGCGCGUCCCGCAUACUCUGGAUCCCAUAGCAGUCGUGGUUUCAAGUCCCAGCCAUGACCAUUUGUUGCAUGUCAUCCUGUUUCUCUUUCCACUAUCCUUUCAUCUAAGGCAAAAAACACCCCCCAAAAAUUACUUGGGGGUGAUAAUCAGCAUUAUCAUGUGCUGUGCCACAGUUGUUAAAUGCCUAUUGUUUUUUUAUGGAAAUGCUUAAAAAUUGACAUGAGUGCAACAAAUAAAAUUAUAUGAAAUUUCAGCUACUUUCAUGAUUGUCAAAAAAACUCCCUACAGGAGCUUUAAAUUCAAGGCCUCUCACGUGUUAUACAGAAUAACUCAGGAUUAUUACAGUUGAUUUAUGAGCAUGAACUUUGCAAUGUGUCUGUAUGUGACCUCAGGGUAAACUGUGCAGCUGCAGGGUAUUGGUCAAGAGAAAUAAUCUCUGCCCCACAAGAUGCCAGUGAUAUGAGUGAAUUAAUAUUGCGCUUGGCAUGCAAGGAGGAGUUAAAUGAAUAACGGUAGUCAGAAAUGGGUUACUGCAAGCCAAACGUCACAGUGGAGAGGGGCAUGUGAGGCAAGUCUAAUCAUGAAAAACACAGCACUACUCUGGCUUCAAAAUAAAGAAAGUCCUAAAGAUGCCUUCAGGACAGUGAAAAUUGGCAUUUGGUCUCUGGCGAGUCUCAUUCUCCUUCUAUGAUGGAACUGAAAGGAUUGAUUCAGAUCCCAGGCUGUCUGUAUAGUUUGAGCCUUGUUUCGUGGUUGCAGUGCUUUUACGCUCAUUUACAAUAACCACAGGUGAAAAGAGGAUCAGAGAGUCUCGUGUCUUCAGUUUCACAGAGCUCACACUUUGCA